AUUCUGCACAAAAUUUGCCUUUAUCAAUCACAACAUUUUUCUCCAUACUUCCUCGCAUUUCUCGUUUUUUUGGCAUUGAAACGAGGAAGGAAGCUGCGAAAGAAAUUUUUUUUCCAUCUUUUUUGUCUUAACGACAAAAAAAUGUUCGUUUGACGUGCUUACAAGAUCGAAAUGUUUAAGCAUUUUGAAGAUUAUGUCAAACAGCAAGAAAAGAAAUAUGGAAAUGAGAUGGAAGUAAUACCUGUUUGUCAAUGUGAUCAGCACUCACAGAUUAAUUUAGGCUCGUAUUCGAUCAAGAUGAUGCUACAGACGUAUUUUGUUUAUAUUAAGCUAUUUUUUGUGUUGUUUGUCCAUGUAAAGGCGCAAUCAAAUCAAAGCGUGAAUUUAGUGGUUGCUAAUCCGUAUUUUGUUGCUAUUGAAGAAGGACAGAAUGUGACAAUCGUGUGUAGGGCUAUUAGUCCAAUUACAUCAUGUGUAUUUACAUUAGCUGGAGUAGAAAAUCCAAUAAUACUCCGUGAAAAUGAUACAGAGGUGCGUAGUAAUAAUUACGAGUACGCUGGCGAUGGAUUUGAAAGUGGACAGUGUGGAAUUACAAUACAUGGAAUUAAGAAAGAAAAUAAUGGAAAAGCAUUUUGUAUUGUUGAUUUAAAUCAACACUUGAGAGAUAUUAAGGCAGACAUACCAAUAACAAUUACGAAAGAGCUUCCAAUCGACAAUAAAACGAGAACGAUCUGGGGUAUUAUAUUGUUUACAGUACUCACAGUCAUAUUCAAUAUAGUGCUAUUGUAUUGCUACAUAAGAGGACAGAAAUCAGCAAAAAAGACUAAGAGAGCAUUAUCACAAAGCCACAUAAAUCCUGCCGCAGCAAACAUAACAGCAUCAGAACAAAAUGAUGUAGAAAAGCAACAAUCAGUAGCUUCGAGUUCGUCAGCGAAUCAGCCAGUAGAGAAUAAGUGAAAUUUUCGUUAACUAUCAUAUUAUUUGCCAUGUUCUAUAAAUAAUAUCUGCUUUAAUCGAAAACAAACAUUUGUACAUUAUUAAUAUUAAUCUACUGUUAUUAAAGUCAUGGUACUCUAAAAUGUAAACGUCAAUUGUGUCUUCAAAUAAUAAUAAUUUGUGUCAUUGAAAUGUGCACAGUUGUAAUAUUUUCAUAGCUCAAACGAGCGAGUAUCUCUUAAUGCUUAUUGCUGCUGUUUGUGGGAAACGUGAA